AUUGCUCUGGCCAGGGGGACAUGGAGGCGCUGGCCGGGGGUAGCGUGGCUGCGUCUCUUCCUUGCGCGCCCUUGACGCCGGAGGAAUUGUCCGGGCAGCGGAACUCGCCGAGAGCAAAGCCGAAACUCGCCAGCUUGGAGGAAAUUAUUGCAGCCAAACCAAACAAAACACCGAUUCAGCUGUUGCUUGAAUAUGGCACAAAAGCUCACCUUAAUCCUGAAUAUGAAUUUGAAAAAGCCGAGGGAGAAGUACAUAUGCCCAUUUUCACGUAUAAAGUCAUCAUAGGUGACAUCAUUGCAACAGGAGAGGGUCGCAGCAAAAAGAUUGCAAAACACAGAGCUGCUGAAGCUGCACUGAAUAUUUUGAAAAGCAGUCCAAAUCUCUGUAUUUCUAUGCCAGACCAUACAAUCCCUGAACCUAUCAAUCAAGCACAGAAACAGACCAAUCCGAUUGGAUCGUUGCAAGAACUGGCUAUGAGGAAGGGUUGGAGAUUACCUGAAUAUUCACUGGCCCAGGAGACUGGGCCACCUCAUAAGAGGGAGUUUGUAAUGACUUGCAGAAUUGAAACAUUUGUAGAAACAGGUAUGGGAACAUCUAAAAAAUUAGCAAAGCGAAAUGCUGCUGAGAAAUUACUUGAAAAAUUCCACAGUUUUUGUCAGGAUAAUAUCACAGUUUCUUUAGGAAAAGAACAAAUGCAUAAUUUGGGAUGCACAUGGGAUAUCUUAAGGAAUUCUUCUGGUGAAAAAAUUGCUAUGUUGAAGAUAAGCUCCCUCAGUAUUCCCAAUACAGACUAUAUUCAGCUCCUUGGAGAAAUUGCAGAGGAGCAAGGUUUUAAUAUAAAAUAUUUGAACAUAGAGGAGUUGAGUGUGAAUGGACAAUUCCAGAGCCUCGUAGAACUUUCAACCAAUCCAAUCAUAGUUUGCCACGGGACAGGAAUCUCCUGGAGCAACGGCCACAAUGAUUCAGCCCACAAUGCGCUACAGUAUUUAAAAAUCAUAGCUGGGAGGAAAUAACAAAGAAUGAACAAUCAGGAAAAUCGAAACCUGCAAAGCUGCGAGCAGGGAAGGAGACACCCAGCCUACAACUCUAUCGUGUUUGAUGAAUCAGUAUCCUCAGUACCAAAGUAAUCAUUAGUGUGUGAGCAGCUGUUUCCCAAAAGCAGCCUUGAAUCCAAUGCCUUCUUUCUUAAUACUAUUUUGUACAGGGAUGGGGAAGUCUGGCUUGAGGCAAGCCUGCUGAAGAGUGCAGUGUGUGUUGAACUGGAGGGAAGGAGUUUGUUCCUUCAGAAUGCCAUGCAUUGGGAGCAGAAAGUCCAGCUCAUUCUUCUCCCUUAUUUAUUUCUUACAUUGUUAAUAUGUUGCCUUGUCAAAAUAACUGGAUAUUUCACAGAGAAACCACAAAGCAGAACAUAAACCAUAACUUCAUUGUUUCAGAACAUCUUAUUAAAAGUAGAUUAAAAUUGAAAAUCCAACUCCGAAUAAAUUAACUAGUUUCUUAAAAAUCAAAUUGACAUCCAUAAAACAACCAAGCGUGCAAAGAAUUCAAUCCCUCCCAGCCCAGUGAAACAAAACAUCUUCAGGGUUCUCCUGAAGAAUAAUGUUGCAGUGAAUCCCCCAGACUCCAUUAGAGGAAGACAAGUCACCAGCAAGGCCUACCUCUUCAUCCAUUAUCAUCCCCCAGAACUCCGUAACAGGCAGAUAGAGACACUAUCUGGCCCAAGGUCACUUCAGUUCGCUCAUCUUUCUAUUAUGCCAAACCCAUUGCCUUCUACUGUAAACCAGCCAAACUCAAACAUUCAGCAUUUUGACUCCAGAAGAUACACUCCCAUACAAUUGGAGGGGAAAAUGUUCCCUGUCCCUUGGCUUUGUAUAUAUAUAUAUAUAUGAUGAACUCACUGAAGCACCAAGUAGUCACAGGCAAGUCUUUGCCAUUAUGAUAGUCUAUAGUCAGCAACAGACUUCAGAAUAGCACACAGAUAACCUUGGGGGGGGGAAUAAAGUGCAACAAAGAGACUGAAGACUGAGUCUUUGGUAGAAGGGGAAGGGGAAGGGAAAUGCUGUCAGGCUUCCAAGUUUUUGUUAUCCCAAAUCUAUAGCAGAGUUUUAGUAUUUCUUGUGGCUUUCCUGACCUGGCCUGCCUUGAAGGGCAGACAGAAGGAGUUACAGCUUUUCUCUUCUCAGGCAGCAGUUUCUACAAACAGCUGAUAUCUUCACCUUUCACUGGAGCUAUGACAGUGGUGCCAAACAAGCCCCUUACUGAACUUGCUAGGUCUCCCACUGUAGCCCUCUCUGCUUCCAUAUGCUAUUCUGUGUCUGCAUGGCAGCAGAUAAGCUGUAAUGUGUUACAGCGACAAAGGAGGUAAUAAUAGUAGUAAUAGUGUGCAUCAACUGGAAUUGAGACACCACACGUUUGUCACAUUGAUAGUGUCUUGCCAUUUCCAGCAUUUGCUCUUUCUCUUCCUCUCAGCCCUUCUCUUCCAAUUCACACCUUCUGCCUUCCACUUUCUUACACUUUGCUUCUUUUUUGUAUCUAUCACUUGGUGUUCCACACAACUGAGUUUUACCAGCCUUCCCAAUUCUCUGCUCUUCCAUGCUGUUUGAUACACAAAUACCUGUCCUUACAAUCACAUCUCAUUCCUCAACUCCUCAGGAACUGCCAGUAUGAAAAACACCCAUACCAAAAAGCCUCAAGAUCCCUCCACCAAAAUGCCAAAUGUAAAGCACUAGCUUGCAAAAAUUGCCUGGCAGAAUGGUAAUAUUUACCAAUCAUGUUGACCAUCAUUCAUCUAUUCACUCAUACAAUUCAUAUAUACCCCCGUUUUGUCUUAAAGCAAAUACAUGGGAUAAUGUACACUAGCUCAAACCCACACAAUGAAUUUCUAUGACUAAGGGUGGAUCUGAAUCCAAGUCUCCUAAGUCUAGGUUUAACACCCUAACCACUCUAUUAUUGUCUUGUAUGUCAAUUUAGCUUUAACGUAUCCUUCACUGAAAUAAUAAAAGUGAUUUUAAAGGCUUAAAGUGAAGGAGAAUAUCUUGUUUCUGUUCAUCCUUUGUGAUAAGGCUUGCAGACCAGAUGAGGAACCAUCAUCAGCUGUAUUUGGUGGUUGGGCUGGAGAUUGGACAUGCCUCUUCUUAUACAGUUAGAGCAGUAUACUAGAUUACAAUCACAUUAUGCUGAGAAAGGAGAAAGGAAUUAUGACUUAAACAUAUGUUCUACUGGAUGUUAUGAAAAGUUGCCAACUUUUUUUUAAUGAUUGCAUAUUUCAGUAGCCAGGAGCAUGGCUUCUGAUCUCUGUAGACUUAAUUUCCUUUAAGUUACUUAAUGUAGGCUGGCAUUUCUUUAAGAUUUCAUAACUCAUGAACUAUAAAACUGCUUGAAUUUAUGCAGCAGAAGGCUGAAUUUUGGUGUCUUCAUGAAAAUGCUUACAGUUUGGACCUCAAAACUUGUAUUUCUAAUUAUCUGAAGCUUCAAAGAAAUGAUAUAAUUGUACAUAAUAGCCAUUAUAUAUUAUUCACUUUUUGUGUUUAAAUUUCUUCUCAAUUGUGGCCUUUUAAAAUAUAGUUUGAAGAUUAAUUCACAGAAAUGAUAAAAUUUGUUAUCACUGCUCUUUUUUCAUUAGAUGUGUCAUUCUUUAAUAAAUUGUU